ACGGUAUGUGCAACAUGCAAAAUGGCGACCUCCGAUUGCCACUCGAAUAUUGUAUUGUGUUCUCAUUCAGACUCAAAGUCAGAGGAUUCUGAACAUAUAGACCUAGGCCUACGCUGGUUAGAGGACUUCUUACCUGAGAACUAUGAACAUCACAUUUGUAAUAUAGAAAUUGUCGAGAAAGAAGUAAAGCUAGUAACAUUGAGAUUGGCUGUUUCGACCGAAGAAGGGGCUAAAGAAUGGCUGGAGUCUAUGCAGAAGUCAUCUCUAGCAACUUUUCGAGUGGAAAGAACUUAUCCUACCUCUGUUGAAAGAGUUUUGUACAAGACUGAAUUUCGCUGCCAACAUAACACGAAACCAAGAUCUACAACAGCUGACCAACGCAAGGGGUCUAAGAACACAAAUUGUCCAGCAGGCCUGAGCAUUGUUGUAAAAGUCAGCACCUUUCAAGCGUCAGAUGGGAAAAAGAGAAAGUGCAGGUCUUCUGAUCCCCAUAUGCCUGCUCAUCCGAUGGUUGUCAAAUUCAAGCGCACCCAUAACCACCCUCUCAAGGCUGCAGAUGCUUUGAGGCAUAGGGAUGUGAGUCAAGAGGUCAAGGAGAAGUUCCUGGAUUUGUUCAGCAAGGGUUACACUCCUUCAAAAGCACUGGAACUGCACAAAUACGAUCUUCGACUCCUACACAAUGACAACUACACUUUCAUCAGUGCCGAUAGAUCCAUCAUACCUGACUUGCAGUACACUUACAGGUUAUACUACCAGACAUUAAAAAAGGAGUAUCGUGAAGCUGAGGGAGAAUACAUCUUUAAGGAGUUGGAGAUUAAAAUCGAGGAAGGAUCACUCGAUGAUCACAUCAGAUUGUCAAAAUCAUGUGCUGAAGAAAAUGGAAGUGACCCGAUAAUCACUGAGCUAAACAAAGCAUUUCUUGCUGUACAACAAAGUUACAUUAGAGACAAAGAAUUCUUUGAAGGACCGGUGACAGAAUUCACCAAGAAACUUGAUGAACUAACUUCUGGAACGGAUACUGCGCUGGCUUCGGCGCUUCACUGCUUUGGCCGGCACUCUGGGGAGGCACAUGCUCCAUGACGAAAACUCGUCGUUUAAAAUUGAAACCCCCAUUUGACUUUCACUACUCCUAGAGCUAAGCCUAAAGUAAACACUAGCGCUAUACAAUGUAAUCCCCCUGCCGAGACCUUGACGGGGUGAUAGAGAGGGAUAGAGGAAGGGAGAAAGAGUGCUAAUUUUCACAAUUAAAAUUGUUGUUAUAUCACCAAUUCUGGGUCAUUUUGCUUCGUUCGAACUUUCAUUUUGGUCUUCAUCAAAAUUAUUAG